AUGAAUGUGGCCAUGGUCAACGGGAGGCUUCAGCAGUGCUUAUGCGCCCACAAUUCCACGUUGUCUCCUCUGUCGAGCUGUGAGCCUCCGCGUGGCCCGGCCCCAGGUCUGCGCUGGCCCCGCCCGGGCUCCCGAUCGCGAUCCUUCGCGUCCACCGCGUCCUUCCCGCCGCCAGCUGAGCCCAGAGCCGCGCGGGGGCGGGGCCCGCGGGAGGGCGGGGCCAUCGGAGAAGGCGUGGCGCCGGGCGGAGGGCGGGGCCUGCGGGAGGGCGGGGCCAUCGGAGAAGGCGUGGCGCCGGGCCGGAGGGCGGUGUCUGCGGAGAGGGCCGGCGCCGGGGCCCGCGGGCGGGGCCUGAGGAGAAGGCGCGGCCAGCAGAGGGGCGGCUUCCGGGCCGGUGGGCGGGGCCUCGCGGCGUGCCGCCGUCUUCGCGCAUGCGCGGAGUCCGUCGUGCAAAUGGCCGCGUACGAGGAGCCGCUGAGGAGACGGAAGGUCGGGAGCGCAGACCCGGCGCCCGGGUCGCCGCCGCCCGCGCCGAGUCGCGAGCCCGCAGGCCGCCCGGACCGCCUGCAAGCGGGCACCUUCUGGCUGACGCGGGUCGUGCUCCUGCGGGCGCUGGCUUUCGUUUACUGUGUGGCCUUCUUGGUGGCUUUCCAGCAGAACAAGGCCCUGAUUGGUGAUCGGGGCCUGCUUCCCUGCAGGCUGUACCUGAGGAGUGUCCAACAGUACUUCCAGGGCCAGGCCAGCUGGGACGCCUGGAGCUAUGCUCCAACCCUCUUCUGGCUGUUAGACUGGUCGGAUAUGAACUUCAACUUGGACCUUUUUGCGCUGCUGGGGUUGGGCAUCUCAGCCUUCAUCCUGGUGACCGGCUGUGCCAACAUGAUCCUCAUGGCUGUCCUCUGGGUCCUCUACCUGUCCCUGGUCAACGUGGGACAGGUCUGGUAUUCUUUUGGAUGGGAGUCUCAGCUGCUGGAGACCGGGUUCCUGGGGAUCUUUCUGUGCCCCCUCUGGACCCUGUCCCGACUGCCCAAGUCCACCCCGCCAUCCCGCAUCGUGCUCUGGGGCUUCCGGUGGCUGAUUUUCAGGAUCAUGCUGGGAGCGGGCCUCAUCAAGGUGCGGGGAGAUCGGUGUUGGUGGGACCUCACCUGCAUGGACUUCCACUAUGAGACGCAGCCCGUGCCCAACCCGCUGGCCUACUACCUGCACCGGUCGCCCUGGUGGCUCCACCGCGUCGAGACGCUCGGCAACCACGUCGUGGAGCUGCUGGUGCCGUUCCUGGUGUUCCUCGGGCGCCGGCCGUGCCUCCUGCACGGGGCCCUGCAGAUCCUGUUCCAGGUGGUCCUCAUCCUCAGUGGGAACCUGAGCUUCCUGAACUGGCUGACCAUGGUGCCCAGCCUCGCCUGCUUCGAUGACAUGGCGCUGGGCUCCCUGUUUCCCUCCGGGCCACAGGGCCUCAAAGACCGUGUCCUGAGGAUGCAGCGGGAGGGGGCUCGUGGGGCCCGGCCACGGCCGACUCACGGCUCCAGGGUGCGGCAGCUGGUCAACUUGGUGCUGGGCGCCCUGGUGGCCUGGCUCAGCGUGCCCGUGGUGCUCAACCUGCUGAGCGCCAGGCAGGUCAUGAACACCUCCUUCAGUCCACUCAGGAUUGUCAACACCUACGGGGCCUUCGGAAGCAUCACCAAGGAGCGGACGGAGGUGAUCCUGCAGGGCACGGCCAGCCCCAACGCCAGCGCGCCGGAUGCCGUGUGGGAGGACUAUGAGUUCAGAUGCAAGCCGGGCGACCCCUGGAGGCGGCCUUGCCUCAUCUCCCCCUACCACUACCGCCUGGACUGGCUCAUGUGGUUCGCCGCCUUCCAGACCUACGAGCACAACGAGUGGAUCCUCCACCUGGCCGGCAAGCUCCUGGCCAAUGAUGCUGAGGCCCUGUCCCUGCUGGCCCUCAACCCCUUCGAGGGCCGGGCCCCUCCCAGGUGGGUCCGAGGAGAGCACUACCGGUACCAGUUCAGCCGCCCGGGAGGCAGGCACGCCACCCAGGGCAAGUGGUGGCUGCGCAGGCGCAUUGGUCCCUACUUCCCUCCUCUCCGCCUUGAGGACCUGAGGGACUACUUCGAGGCACGGGAGUGGCCGCUGCCACAGCCCAUCUAGGCACACCCUGGAAUAAAGGCCAGAGACCACACCACACCACAUGGAGUCCCCGUGUCCCUCAGCCCACGCCUGGAUAGCCAGCCGGCAGCACAGCGCAAUGCAGAGGAUGACCCCACGGCCACCGUCCCAUCCCUGCAGGAGUGGGGACAGUGGCCUCGUCCCAGGGGAGCAGUGCCAAAGGCACUGUCUAGUCCUGGGUGGGUGGCAGGGCCUGGGGAGCCCACACCCACUCUCCGCUCCCCUCGCCCGGCUGACAGGGCGGCCAACAGCCAUCACCCUCCAUCAUGUGCCCAAGGCCGGGCCACACCACGCAGGGGCUCUCAGCAGAGGCACAGUGCAGGUCUGUGUGGACCCCGGGCCCCUGGGAGCCAGCCCAGGUGCAGACAGAGAGCUGGUGUUCCGGCUGGGAACAGGGCGCCUGUGUCUGCAGAGCACAGCCGGGCUCGGUGAGGGCACACAGUAUGGGAGGCACGGGCAGGCCUGGGCCCCCUUCCCGGGCCUGCCUGGCAGGCAGCAGGGGAGAUGAGGAAGGGGGACUGGGCGGGGGUGGCAGCUGGUAUAGCCCAGAAGAGGUGACAGACACCAAGUGGCCCCUGCACGCCCCGUGCAGACAUACGAACCCGCGGGCCUGGCAGGCCGGAGGGUCUGGAGCAAUGUGUCCUCUGUGGACAAGGCCACAGAAAGGCCCUGUCACCAUUCAGACACCCUGUACCCUGCGUCCUGUGGGCAGCUUACCCACACCCCACUUCGCAUGUGUGUGCCAAAACCAGGGCUUGAACUUGGGAACUUGAGCACAUCUGCAGACGUGCAUCUGCUCAAUUGGAGUCCCAAGGCCAUUUUGCCAGCCUGUCUCAACUGCAGACCUUGGAUCUAUGAUUACAGGCGUGGGCACUGGCA